AUGUAUCAGAUUGCCGUAACGGCGCUUAAACAACGCCCGUUAUGUAGCGGAAGCGUUCGCAGAGCUAAACGUGCGUUAACAAGCCUCCUCACUGGCUUAAACGUCGAUGUGAGAGAUAGGAACAGUGGUGGAAGUAGUAAGCGAAGGACUACGUCACGCCACGUCAGCAAGAAUUGGUCUGCAGCCAAACAGAUUCAGGCGAUGGUGGCUAAUCUUGUGCUGCCACGUGGAGCAGAAGCUUCUGGACCGGCGAUGCCGGUUUACAUAAUGAGUAGUGUUUUGGUUUUGGUGAUGUGGGUGCUUGUUGCUGCGGUUCCUUGUCAGACAAGUAGCCUUCUCGUGGCGCCGUUACAACUUCCUAAGCAUCAGAGCUGGGCUAGCGCCGCCUUGAAUGUUCAGGAGAGGGUUGGUGAAGAGAAGAAAGGGAAGGAGAAGCGUUUUGGUGGGUUGAUGGAGGAGAUGCAGCGGAUGGAGAGUGUUGGGUUGUCUUUGAUGGAGUUCACGGAGAGGUUUAGGUUUCCGGCAGAGGCAGAAGUUGUGGAGAUGGUUUAUGAGAUGGAUGAGAUUUGUCGGAGAAUGGAAGUGGGUUUAGAGGAUUUGCAGAGAGAAGUGAGGGCUGUGUUCCAGAGAUUGGUGAGAAUCAGGCUAGAGAUUGUUUCUGUGCUUGACCAAUAA